GAAAACAAUGGGGAAUGAGGGAAGCAAAUUAGGGGGUUUAAUUAUUGAAAAAAAUGCGGUUGAAGCCAACGAUUUUUGGACUUUGUACAACGCCGAAUCAUCGGCCUGCUCAAAUGAAGAAGGAAGCAACAUGCUUUUAUCUAUAUUCCAGGGUGAGGACUUUGUUAAGGGUCAGUUGUGGGCCGAGGGUACAGGUCCAAUGGAAAGGUGCAUAAAGAACCUUAUGGUCUACCGGCAUCCGUAUAUAUUAAAAUACAUAGCUACCUGGGAACAAUCUGGCCAGAAGCAUCUAGCUACGGAGAGAGUUCGGCCCUUAAACGAGGUUUUGGCCGAGCAAAGUGGAAUGCAAAUCUGCCUUGGCCUACGCACAAUACUGUGUAGUCUUAUAUUUUUAAUAGAGAAAGCUCUGGCUCGACAUUUGAACAUAAACACCCAUUCCAUUUAUGUGACGGACGGUGGUAGCUGGCGUCUCGCUGGAUUUGAAUAUGUGUGGAAAGCAAAUGAGGUGAAUAGACAGUUGAUCGAUUUGGCACGUACUUUUAUGGACCCAAACAACCGUGGCGAAGACUUUGAGCAAUUUGCGUUUGCUACUCUGUGCGAACAAGUCUUGGACAAACAAAUUAGAAUGAACGACGUCACUCCACAUAUUCACGAGUUUCGCGAAUACUGCCGUUCACAUAUGAAACACCAAAAUAGUGAACUAAGGCCGAUGCUUUCAGCUGUUUUACUGCAUCCAUUCUUUAAUCACGAGUUUGUAUUUAUACAUUCCUUUUUGUUCGAGCUGCCGUUAAAGUCCGUUCAGGAACGCCAGAAUUUCUUUUCGACUUUGAUUCAACGUCUCCGUUGUUUUGAUGAGCAAGUGGUGGCCUCGGAACUAGGUAAAAGUUUGUUAUCUAGAAUGGUACUACUUGAUCCAACAGCCCACCAGUUUGUAACACCCAAUGUCUUACGAACAAAAGCCACGGCAGUUAAAGCAACAGUAUUGUUCUCACCACAGAUUUAUGUCAAAUAUUUGCUGCCGCAUAUACUAAAGAUGUUUCGUUUGCGUGAUGCUCAGAUUCGCUUAAUACUCCUCGAUUACUUCAUGGACUAUGUUCGUCUUUUAAGCGAUGAACAGUUGAUAUCCGAAAUUCUGCCAUAUUUGCAGCUCGGCAUGAAUGACACGAAUGACGCCUUAGUUGCUAAAACGCUUAGAUGCAUGGCUGAUUUGGUUCCCAUUUUGGGGGCUCACAAAGUUCUAGGUGGCGAUAAUCGUAGAAGAUGUUUCUCUGAUGGUCGGCCGCACGCUGCUGUCUCCACAGAUAUACAGAACUUUGUGCUAGAGCCUCGAUCUAUUACUCCUUUAAUGAACGGCAGUUCGGUCGAUGUGGAGGAGGACGGCUUCAUGGUGUCUGGUAGUCCCUUGCCAGCCGAGACAGCGAGCAAUGCAGAUCAAUUAGAGCUUCGACUUAGUCCAGACGGAGGUGAAGAUGACAAAGAUGCUAAUUUAAGUGAGAAAUCCUCACUGGAUAACAGUAACAGGUCCUUCAGCUCCGUUGGUGGAGCUUGCGAAAAACCCGUACUAAACGGGGAUGAAGAUUAUAUUUGGUCGGAUUGGGAUGUUACAGAUGAGUUGCAACGAUUAAAAUUUAAGCAGUCACGAGAGGAUGAACAGGCCAGUCAAUAUGAUUUGGCUUCGAAAAAUUUGGAAACCAUUAAUAGUGUCCCAAUCUCACCAACUCAAACGGCUUCAUAUCCUAUAGCCAGCUCUAACAUAUCCAUGGGGGCAGUGAAGGGAAGUACGCACCUUAUCGAUGAUCUUAGUACACUGGACAUACAAGUGCAAUUGAUGACUUCAGCGGUCAUCAGCUCAGAGUUAACCGAAUUCGACUUCUUUAAGGACAUGGAACCCGUCAUUGAGACAAAAACAAGUGGCAGUAGAGUAGCAGAAGCUACCAGUAGCCGCUUUGCUGCAGCAGAUUCAUUAAACUUAAAUGAUGACAAUCUGAAUACAAAACCAGGCCAGGGUUGGUGUCAUGACGAAGAAGAAGACGAUGACGUUGUCUGGGGCAUCACGAACGCGGGCACAAAAACCUAAGACGACACCUAAACUUAUUAUACAGAAUAAUAAUGUUUGAUAAGAGAAUAAAUUCAACGUUAAGCUAUAUAAUAAAAUCCACAUCAAGAAAAGGUUAGCUCGAAAUUAA